GCGGUUUCGAGCGGUGCCCGAAACGAUCGGUGUCUUCUCGCUGUGCUCGUUGUGCAGUGUAGUUAUCAAGUUUCGCCGUCGAGCGGUACGCGAGCGUACGCUCGUGCGAGCGCAGCGGACUCGCAGUGGUAAUAACCUUUAUUACACCGCCAGGUAGGAAGGUACGGACGCACGUAGACGAACGUACGACGAACGCGACGUAAGGCGCUUCUCCCUGGGGCAUCGACGGCGCGAAGGUGCGCCGGGGAGGUCGGGAGGGCGGGAGGGAGGGAGGAGAAGGCAGGCGACGGGGAAGGAUGUCGAUGCGCCGUCGGUGGUCGGUUUCGGGGGUUGAUUCGCGCCGCGGGGGCGAUGAGCGCGCUUCCCUCCGCCCUGAGACUGACCUCCUGCUGCUGCUGCUGCUGCUGGCUCCUGCUGACCUGUCUCGUCGUCUUCCUGAUACCUGCACCCUGCACCAGCGACACGCCGCAGCAAAUAAUAAGCCCGGCUCAAAAACAAUCGGUAGGUGAUGAUGACGCGACGGUGUACGAGUCCAGCUACCUCGACGACGACGCCGAGGUCUACGAGGACGAGCAGAUAGCCACCGGCAAUGGCGAUCUCGACGAGGACUGGUUCGGAAAUUUUACGGAAAAAGGACGGUACUUGGGCUCGCCUUGUGAUGUCGUAUCCUCAUGCAAUUCCGAGCUACAGCACGUGUUCUGUGAUUCAAUCACUGGCCUCUGCGAGUGCGAAAAGUUCUACCCCGUUCGUCUCGGGCCUACCAAGGGAUGUGCCAAACCCAAAAAGCUCGGAGAGCAGUGCUUCUAUCGUGCGACAUGCACUUUUGCGGAUCAACAUUCAACGUGCAUACAGGUUCAACACAAUGCAGUAUGCGAUUGUGAGGAGGGAUAUCACAAGGUUGCUCUGUCUAGGCCUAACAAGAAGGUUUUCUGCGCGGAGGAUCUGGUGCUGAUAACUACGGACAUUCCUACCCUACUCUGCAUAGCAUCGGGGAUAGCCAUCUUUACGGGGAUGAUAUGCUUCGUACUCAAAUUAUUCAGCAGGGCGAGGUAUUCAAGGCCGCGGCAUUACGCCAAUGCCAAUCAUGCGCCACCCAUGCUGUUUUCCAGUGAUACGGGCAUACCGCUGACGUUGCAUGGACGCCCAUCGUCGCGAUCGAGUCAGCGAAGCGUUGCUAGUUGUACAUACACGAUGAUGUUAGGACAACUAAACGUAGUUAACAAGAAUCGUAUUAAUAUACAAUAUAUAUUAGUACAAUUCAAAGUAGAACUAUUAGAGGAUACGCUGAUAUCCCUACGACGUAGUUCUUUUUUUCGCAUAGGUUCCCGCCGUCCUAGCUUAGCGUCGGUUCAUAGUUCGACGUCCUCAUCCCGUAGCUACAGCACACGUCGACUCGAGAAGGAGAGGAACGAUAAGGAGCAACGCCAGGCGCUUCAGGAACUCCGGCUGGCUAAGCAACGAGAGCAAACACAGCAGCAACAGGUGGUACCGACGCCUAGUCCUAGGACUCCCCAUUCCACAGACGAAUUGUUGCCUUCAGUCGAAGAAGGGAAGGAAGUUUUCUACAACGAGCAGGUACCGACGACAUCAGACGUAUCAGACACCAUCCCAACGACGACUAUGACGAUGAUGACGACGACAUUAACAACGGCGAUAACCACUUCCAACGUAAACACAACCCGAAUGGGCGAGAUCGCGCCUAUGACAACGCCAGCGACCAUUUUCGGCACAAGCGUUGCACCACGGGCUUCCGAUGACAUUUUUCAAGUGUAGUCUUCGUCAAGUAUAACGAUGUUACACGACGAAGUCGAUGGAUUCUCAAUUUAUUAACGAUCUUUUUAUUGUAUUUGCAAGAAUCAAUCGUCAACGGCAUCAAGAUGGAAACGCGUACGUAAAACACGUAGAAACACACUUGCGAUAAAAUACAAAACUCUAUAUCAAUAGAGAUAAAAGCACAAAUACUGCGAAUAAGUUAAAUCCGUAUUUUGCCCACGUUAAAAAAAGUCAGCUUAUGACAAACGACAUUAAAAAAGCCAUUCACGUGAAAAAUGUCUUUCUUACAACAAUUAUACAAAGAAUCGCGAUUUGUAAUUUUAUAACUCUCUUUCUCUCU